AUCUCCGGCUAUGGACUAUUUAGCUGGCUGCCUAAUUUGACAUGCUUUAUCUCGAGAUCUGUACGCUCUCUGCCCAUACAGUGGGAGUAUCUUGCGCAUAGAAUCUAGACCAAUAUGGCGAGGUAUUGAUUACCCGCGUGUAGGAGCGAACUUCACUUUAUUGGAGCGGACACUUUGUCUUACAGCCUGUGAUACAUCGAUAGCAAAGUCCCUGUCACCUUGAUGUUACUCUCGCAUAUGAUCCUGCAGUCGAGACCCUUUGUGCUUCUGUUUUAAUAUCGAUCGAUCUGCUGUGAUAUUUUGAUACAAUCUAGGUAGAUAUGCUAAAAGUCAGUUUACCUUGGGUGCCGUUCCUAGCAUCACACCAUGUUUGGUAUCUGGAGACACGACCCAGAUAGUCGAGGAGGUGGAAAUAUUCGGCAAUCGUUCGUCCCGGCCAACGUCCGAGUUAGUCCCCACCAGUCUUGCAAAAACUGUCGAGCAAAGAAGGUAAGACAAAACUUGAAGACGGGCUGCAGUCGGUGUAAGACCCUCAACUCUAUUAUCCGAUACGCCAAACCUGGUGACAACGGCAAAUGUCGCCGGAAGCCACAAAACUCGAAGAAGUCGAGCAGUGACCAAGACUGGAUGUUAGACGGGAUCAAUGCGGAUGCCGGGCCAGAAUCAUAUGAGUGUCCACCCGAGACACCGGCCGUGGAGAAUUGGACGAUACCUAUGGGAAUGGACUUCGAAGAUCAUCAGGAUAAGAUAAUACAACAGCCCCUUCCACAAUAUAACACACCGGAUCACACACCUCGAACUAAUACAAUAUCCACGGAUACGGAUUUUGACUCAUCACGGAAAACUCCCCCGUUGCAAAUCACAAAUCCUCUUUCGACAGUUCUCUCGGAUGAAAUAGACAUAAGUAGCUGGAUUAGAUCACCCGUGAGCCUUGGGGAUACAGGGCCCGACUUGACAGGGUUACCGGACGCCGAGACAAGGGACGACCCGGAGGCCGCUACAACUUCUUCUUUGCCUACAUCACAUAUCACCACUCCAGGAAGCAGCAGAAACCUAAGCAAUGAUUUUAUCCAAACAGAAACAUCUUCCAACACAGGUAAUCCGCGAGAACUAAACCUAUCUAUUGACAGCACGAAUAAUACCCCUAGCCUACAAUGUAGCUGUCUAGCUCGUGUGGUUUUAUUGCUAGACGAACUCGAAUCACCUAGUGAUAACCCGGAGAGCAUAACAAGUUUACACUCGCUAGACUCAAUCUUAGCAUCGAUCAAAGAGACGCUAAGCCACGCGGGCGCUAUGCUUCUGUGCUCCUUAUGCACAUCAAAGAUGGAGAACAUGACCAUCCUCGCGUUUCUCUUCUCCAACCUAGCGAGCACAUGUCAGAUAAUCGCGGAAAAAUACCCGCACGAUAGCAACCUAACACAAUUCCACCACCGUUCAUUUUCUGCAUACGGACGAUACGACUGGCCGCCUCUCCCACGCUCCGCGCCGAGUCACGUAUCUGAUCCCGGGCCACAGGAAGGUUCCGACAACUAUUUCCACACAUACGGGUUUGGAGGGAACAGGGAAAGCGAUGUUCGAGAGACGUGCGUGGGCGAGUACGAAGUCGACUCUCCGCAAGAGUGGCGGGCGCUGAUGCGGGCGCUGGCUAGCUUGCAGCUCCAGCAGCUGGACUCCAUGAUGCAGGUCAUGAAGACGGUGCCGAUCGUCGCCGGUUGCAAGUCCCUUCUCCGGCGGCUGACCACCGCCGAGGGUAAGCUUACGGGCGUGAAGCUGCGCAUACAGAAACGGAAUGCUGAGCUGUAGCGGGGGCCAAAUAUUCUAGAUAUUGGCAUAUACUGGGCGUUGGAUGGCAUGCAUAGAUAUCUAUAUAAUGCAGAGUUCCCGCACGGAUUAUAUGAAAGGGGGAACUGGAGUUAGGUG